CAGCUCGUCGCCACUUCUCGUUUAUCUAUUCGCCGUACUCGUCGUUUCAUCGAACUGUAUAUUCGAAGUGAGUAAAUCCUCGAGUAGACCACGAUUUAAGAUAUGACUGUUGGUUGUUUCUGCCGUUCUACAAUCGAUUGCAAUUAAAUUUCGUAAAUAAUAGCUAACUAAUCGGUCACGCGUUCCAGUAGAGGGGAGUAGAGGGGGUGUGAUACAUUCAAGAAGUUGUAGUUGGCGAUAGUUACUGUUUGGUAGUCCCUCUGAGGCUACGGACGUUCGCCCGAGGACACAGGUCAAACUGUGGACGGCGAGCCAACUCCUAUCCUAUCCUAGACUAACGAACUAGGACUAACUAACGAACUAACUUGUCUUUAUUUUUCAGAGAAGUUGGAGAAGUACUAGAUAGAUGUGUAAUCACGACCAGCGCAACUAAUCUCAGUUUAUAUGGAGGACUGAGUUUGUUCUAUCACCAAAUUUAUGGAGGAUCUCAAUUACACUUAAAGGGCUCUGCUUUCACGGAAAAUUUAGAACAGCUAAAUCUUACAAUUUUUUUUGAGCUAGUUGAAUACGAACAAGAUGUCUCUCUCCUCGCGAAUGGUUUCUCCUUCUUUGCACCCUCCUUCUCUGCCGAAAGGCGAUUGGCAUGUUUUCCGCUAUCACGACCUCCCUGGAAAUGUGAACUCAAUCAUCUUCUACGAGGAGUGGCCAUCUUCUUCUUCAAACACAUGUCCACCCGGUGCUGCACCACGACAGGCAGGAGCAGGAGUACAACUAGAAGUGGCCUCUUCAGAUCAAGAUCGUGAUGUGCGGGAACUGUUAUACUCGGUGCUGCGGAUUCCGCCUACCCUGUUGCUGGUGUUGAAGACCUGUCCGCAGACCGGCUACGAGGAAGAAGUUGAUGACGAAGAAGUGUUGCCUUUAGGGGAAUACAGUAGUCGGAUUUCUAGUAUCUUCGCCAAUUCUAGCUGUACUAGUGAAGAAGAUGGAGGAGGAGAAGAAGUUAUGUGCUGGCUGGGAUUAUUUAUAAGUAGGAAAGCACAACUAGCUUUGAUAUUGAGAUUUUGUGAGUAUGCUGAUUUUUUCGACAGUAAAUGACGGCUUGCGCUGCUGCUCAGGUACUUAUUACUGAUCUAGGUAGCUUAAAUAUCUCUCUUCUAGCACUCCUGUUCUCUCCGCUUCAUUACAGCCCACUCAAAUCUGAGUAUACUACUUCUGAGCACAACACUUUUUCCUUUCAUAGAGCAAGGUGAUGCGGCCUUUCCAAAUCUGAGAUACUACUUCUGAGCACAACACUUUUUCCUUUCAUAGAACAAGGUGAUGCGGCCUUUCCAAUCUGAGUAUACUACUUCUGAGCACAACACUUUUUCCUUUCAUAGAACAAGGUGAUGCGGCCUUUCCAAUCUGAGUAUACUACUUCUGAGCACAACACUUUUUCCUUUCAUAGAACAAGGUGAUGCGGCCUUUCCAAAUCUGAGUAUACUACUUCUGAGCACAACACUUUUUCCUUUCAUAGAACAAGGUGAUGCGGCCUUUCCAAUCUGAGUAUACUACUUCUGAGCACAACACUUUUUCCUUUCAUAGAACAAGGUGAUCCGGCCUUUCCAGAAGAUCCGGCUUUGCGUGUCGUUUUUCGGAGUCCUCGCGUCUACCGAAGUCACAUUCUAGACCGGAUCGCGGUUGCUUGGACGAUUCAAGCAUGGAAGAAUCGAGAAGGGAUCCAAGACUGGGACCUCCUGACUUCGAAACCGUUGCCCAGAAGCGUUGAGGAUGCAGGGAUCGAAGAAAUGCUGUCGAUGCUGGAAAAAUGUAGUAUUCUUAAGGCUACAAUAAUGAAUCGAACCAUUCUUGAGCAGGCCAGCGGCCAGCCAAAGCUUGGUCCCGUUUUUAAAGGGAAAGCGAUGGUGCUCCUGAUGUUUUUAAAGGGAAAACGAUGCUCCUGAUGCUCCUGCUCCUGAUGCUAUGGAUUUACGCUACCUCUAAUAUUCAUGACCAAGUGGGAAAUAGCAAGCUAACAACUUCUAGUAGUUCUACAACUACAUUUUCCGCCAAAGUCCAGGACUCUCCUGACCUACAGGCUAGAAAGUUCAGUUACAGGGCAACUAUGCACGAAGAAAUAGAAGGUCCAGGUGAAGAGCAGUACUCUUUUGCUGAGGCGUAUCCACUACGCACUGAACUAUUACAGGCUCUGAACGCUUUGGGCCUGGAAUUCUGUAGAGCGUGGGCUUAUACUGAGUACGUUGUUGAAGAAAUUAUAGAAGAUGAUGCUGGUCAAGGUUCUUUUUGUCUUGAUCAAGGAGGCGGUAAAAUUCGAUCGAAAAUCUCAUCUGGUAGCAGCUUUGAUUCUUCUUCUUCGAUUAGUACGAGCCGUAAUAGUUGUAGUACUAGAAAAACUUCUUUCUCAACGAGAGGAACACCGACAGCAACAUCCUGUACUUUUAAGGCUACUAACUUGUGAGGAAAUUCAUCUUCCCACCAUCUUGGGGGGCCCGUUUUUUAGGGGAAAACUAAAACGGGCACCAAGUAGAUGCGGCUCAAGAUGGUUCUGUUCUGCUAGUUCUAACUCUUCUUCUGCUCUCUCAUCCUCUUCCUCUCGGACGAGCAGGGUCAGGGGGAUAUCUUCGCUGGAAUCGAUUGCAGAUAUUGAUGAAGAGGACGACUCUGCUUGUUUCAGAGAAGACGACUCUACUUCUGAAGUGUUUCUUCCAAUUAUCUGCUCUCCUGCCGAGGUACUUUUUUCGCCAAGAACUUCACAGAAGUAUAGCAUUGGAGGAUCAGGAUCAGACACAGGAGCACUUAAACACUGCAAAAAUGCGACCUCUAGCUACAACGCCGAUUCAUCCUCUUCCGCAAGGCCUACUCCAGUUGCUAAAAUUAAGGACUCUUGGAAGUUGAACACGACUCUACUACGUGUGCAUAAGAAGUAUCUAUGAGGACUUUUUCUCAACAAUUCGGAAAGUGAGUCAUAGGUUAUAAGUACUACGCCUGGUAGAUUGUAUUAAGGGUUUCCGAAUUACAUCCCUCACUACCAUCCUUGGCUCCUUUUCAAGGGGGAAAUGGGUCAAGGAUGUUCUGAAGAAUGCAAUUCGGAAACCUCUAAUUGUACUUAUAGUUGUCAACUUGCAGCUUUUGCUACCAACUGCUUCUAAAAAUGAGAAGAAAAAGCUUCAUUGGUGUACUCUCCGCAUCGUCUGCGAAAACGGGUUGACGAAUUUGCUCCGCGCUAUGGUCGAAUAUGCCGAUAUGAGCCCGCAGUUGGGCAGGGUGUUCGACUUCCAAUGCUGGGCACUCUGUGAGCAGUAUCCGGACAUAUUCUUAGAGGUGUUGGGGAAGCCGGUUCUUCACGAAGAUCCACGGCAGAAGAAGAUCGGACAAGGACUGGGAAGUAGAGCCGCCAGCAGGACAAUUACGAAAUGUUGUACGUCGCUGCAUCAAAAAGUAGAACAUGAAGAUGUGAAAAGAAUAAUUUUUGAGUUGUCCUCUAUGGCACCAAUGGAAGGAGGAGAUGAAAGCUGCAUGUUGGACGAUUUUUUUGGUGAGAUAGUCGCCGUUGUUGGUGGAGGAGUAGAUCACUUCGUGGACAGCACCACGGAAGAAGAGAAAGAAGUUGAAGAAGUGGUGGAAGGGAUGCAAACCGACGAUCUGGGACCCCAGGAUUGCGACGAAGACGAGGUGACUCGACUGUUCCUGCAAGCUCAAGCCGAGUUAGAAGAGGAGGAACAAGAGCAAGAGCUGCAAGGCAAAACUACACUUUUAGGGGAUCUGUUGGAUCCCGCUAACUUCAUCCUCGGAGAGGACAGCAUGGCUCUUGAGCACGAGGCCGUCGAAGAGCAACUACAGAGCCAUCAUCAGAGACCACCACUACAGCAGCACAAAACUAAUUAUGUCGGAGAUCGCGAAUUGACAUUGGCUGAUCUCCAAACAAUUGCUUGUGACUGUGCUUCUGUACAAAAACGAUUGCAAUCUCUGUCGUUUCGUAAUGGACCCCUAACCCGAGGUCGCAACAGCAUGACUGGCAAUGGUGGGGUGCUCGGGCGGACCACUAUAGGAGCUCAAGAAUUAGAAGGAGCUCAACAAUUUUUAGGACCUGCUCCAGUAAUUCCUGCAGUGGACCACGCUGCAGCAGAAAAUCAACAACAAAUUCUUGGAGCACAACUUGAUCCCUCAUGUACGGUUUUUCCUUCAAACACUGCUUUUCCUUCAGUGGUUCUGUCGGGGGAAGACUCAGGUGGCGCAGGAGCUGCAGGCGACAAGAAACGCUCGCGGGCCUUAUCGUCCAUGACCGCCCACAGCUCUGGCUCCAGUGCGUCAGGUGGCAGUCAAAUUGCAGUCGUGGAUAUCGAUGAUAUCGGUUUGGAAUGGACGGAGAAUGAAAAUGUUGCGAACUUAGUUCUUAAGCCUUCUAGUUCUACUACGAGCAGUACGAAUCAACGUCAGCAAUCUUCGACGUACGACUCUACUUCGACGACCGAUGCUGGCUCUUCUUUGUCUGACGAGGGCAAAAAUGAGUCUUUCAGUACAAAUUGGGCGACUUCUGCGAAAAUGGGAACCGGUAAAACUUUUUUUACUUCUGCAGCUUCCGGAACUUCUGCUCCUUCCGGAACCGUGGGUAAGAAGAUCACUACUUUCUCUAAUACCACUUCUACCUCAGAAACAAGUGUCCACCAUGAAAAUGCCAAGAAGAAUAAGACGACUUCUAUUUCUUCUCCUCCAAAAUUUGUGCUCUCGACUUUCGCUUUGAAUUGCAGUAAUGAGUGCGUUCCUUCAGUCCUGGGCAUCGCUGUGGAUCAGUUAAGGCUUUUUCAAAGACACUUUUUCGAAAACAUCCUGGAGAAUGAAUGGUAGUUGUUUAUAAUCUUCUUUAUUUUGUUGGUCUUGAGGCACUUCUGUACCUCACGCUAGGUCUAAAUGAGUGAAUGAAUUGGCUGUUCCGGUUCAGCGGCCACGCUGUCUUCGAACUUGAUCUCCAUAGUCUUGCUCACUGAAUCUUCCAUAGUCUUGCUCACUGAACUCCUCCUCCAUAGUCUUAAGAAUGCACUUUCUUCUCCAGUUUAUAUAAGAUUCGGGGGGUGAGCUUCUUCUCCAGUUUAUAUAAGAUUCGGGUGAGCUCUAAAUCAGUACGUUUCCCUGAGUAAACCGGAUGCGAAAUUACCCUCAGAGCUUUUGGAUCGAGUGCGACGGGAUCACGAUCAACAGAUGAAGACAUCUUCAAUGGGGAAAUCUAGUAGUAGUAGUGCGGUGUCUACUAAGUUCAAGACAUCUUCAAUGGGGAAAUCUAGUAGUAGUAGUGCGGUGUCUACUAAGUUUAAGGCACAGAAAAACCCAACCCUUUACACAGCCCAUUCUUCUCAUUCCCCUUUUACACAAGGGGAAUCCAUACUGGGUUGCUGGCGUAAGGUUGGGCUUUUCUCUUCGCUAAUAAGUCUACUACUUCCAAGAAGAAAGUAGACUUGACGAUGACAGAAGCCGUAAAGUCGCGACGUGCUCUCUUUUUCCAGGUGAUUCAAUUAAGGCUGUUGGAAGUACGUAGCUAUUUAAGGAUAAGAAUUCAACACAAGCUGACUGAAUAGUUUAAUAAUCCUCUUAAUCCAACAACAAGCUAGACUAGCGGGUAGAAUUCGUCAGGGAAAUCUUAGGCAGAUAGCCGAGUAGAUUCGUAUCAUCAAUAAUCCUCUGAUGAAUCUUCCGCCUCUAAUUUGAUUAAGGCUACCGCUGGACCAUAUCCUGAAUGUCAUCCUUGGCCCAUUUUUCAAGGAGAAAAAGGGACCAGGGAGGUUCUCGGGGAUGCGAGCGCGGUAGCUCUAAAUGUAGAGGUAGAAUAGAAUAUCCAGAUCGUCUUCCUAGCAUCUAAAUGAAUUUGUCAUUGCCCUUUGCUUAAGAACAUGACAUCCCCAGUCGCAUAUCAGAUGUUGCCUCUUAUCAUCAAUCAACCGAAGUUGACUGAAUAGUUUAAUAAUCCUCUGAUGAAUCUUCCGCCUCUAAUUUGAGAAGUACUCCGACUCCGCAUGCACGUCGAUCUGGAUGUGAAAGUGCAUUUGGAUUCAUCCAAAUUCUUCCCCAUGAAGUAUGGCGCUAGUUUGCGAGGCUUUCUACGCAGUGCAGGAGUAGGGCGCCAACAUCCAGAGCUGGUUCAGUUGUUUAGAGAUGUUUUGUAAGAGAGUGUUGAGAAUUACAAAUAUCUGUAAGCUACACUAAGAACAAAACCGCGGGUAGGUAAAAAGUUUUUCAGGGUCUUUUGUUCCGGUGGGACGCUCGCCAAGAAAGCAUGUUUUGUAAGAGAGUGAGAAUUCUCUGUUAUACAUAGAGGUAGUAGAUUGAGUGAUUUCUUUGAUACAAAAAUCUUGAACGGAAUUAUUGAUCAUGUGGGUUGUAACUGACUGGUCAUACAAAAAGUCUCGAUGUAGUUGAGUCGAAAUGUUGAGCUGCUUUUUCUUUCGGAGGCAGAUAGCUGCAUGAUAGUACACGACUAAAUCAAUGUAACCAUUUAUUUUUGGAGUUUACUUUUACUGCAGAAAUCUGAGCACGCAUCUUGACGGAAAUGACAUAGCAGAACUCUACCAGCACAGCUCUUCUCUUAAAAUCCUUAGGCAGAACUCUUAAUACUUGAACUGAACAUAUAAUGACACAAGGAAUAUAAAUAUGACGAUAAUUAUUUUUUGGCCCAACCAAGUACUAAGUCCCCGAGAAAGAUUCUUUUCUACGUCUUCGCGUUUUUGAAUGAGUUCUACUGUCGCUGGUCAAGAAUGUUCACGUGGGACACAUUGCUGAGCUUGUUAGACAAUUAUUAAGUCCUACAGAUAUUGAGAAGAUGUUAUCGAAUCAAUUGAUAUGAAGUCCUGAUGAAGAUUUCUCUUCUAAUUCUUGGCACAAGAUGUUGGGUCAUUCGAAUGAUCUACUAUCUUGACCUUGAACGUAAGCAAUGCGAUCGAUGAAUGCGAUCGAUUAACAUCGAUGGUUUUCAUAUUCUGCAUUCGGACAUGACGCUGUGAUAGGAAAGUUCCGUUUGGUGAGGAUGCAAGCUACGGUAGAGAUACAGGCCAAACUGUGGACGGCGAAUCACUUCCUAUCCUAUCCUACUGUAUUGACAUUCAUGCAGCGGGGGAACCAACAACUUUGAAUUACUAGUACUACCUCUCUCUUGCUCAUGGCGAAGAGCAGAACCCUGAAAGGAGUUGACGGC